UUAUUUAAUUCCCUACUUCAGUUCACAACUGAGGAGGAGUAGUUUGUUCUUCUUCCAAGUACUCUCCUUCUGACCUAAUGAUGUUUCCAAAGCAGCAGCCUUCAAUACCAAGCCUCUGUGUAAUACCCAAGAGGUCUGGGUUUAGUUUCUACCUCGUGUCCUCAGCGUGCACUCAAAGGACAGCAGGAAAAGACGAUCCAAAAUCAAGGGCAAGUAACACUUUACAGAGUGAGGAGGCCGAGGGCCGAGAUGACCCUCGCCACGCCUGCGUUUCAUACCAGGCAAUUAAAUCACGUAAUUUAUGACCAGGCAGGGUACCGGUGCCCCUUUUUGGUCACAGCCAUACACAUACCUCGGAACUUAGGCAGGCUUCCCCAGUAACGGCGGGGAAAAAAGAGCCAAUUUCCUUCCGUUCUGGGCGAUUCCGGCUGUGGGUGACUCCACUCAAGCCCCGCCCCGCCCCGCCGCCGGCGGUGCCCCCCGGGCCGAGGAGCUGCGGCCCCCGAUCCGUGUCGGUGUCGGGGCCGCGUAGGGGCCGUGUCGGGGCAAUGUCGCGACACAGGCGGGUCCCGCGGCGGCAGCCCGGCGGGGCCGCGGGGGGCUCAGUUGCCGCCGCGGUGCGCGCCCGGGCCGAGGCCCUCAGGGAAGUCGGCGUAGACGAGGAGGUGGAAAUGGCCGUGCAGCUCGCCCUGGAGCGGUUCCGGAGAGGGGACGAGGCGGGUGCGCGGCACAGCCCGGCCCGGGGGCAGCCUGCGGGUGUUGUGAGGGCGCUGACAGCGGGUCAGGGCGGGGAUCCUGCCCUUCUGCCCAGCCCUGAGAUGGAAUUUCCUUCUAGUUUCACUAGUAGUGAAAGAGCAUUUGUUCACCGGCUGUGUCAGUCUCUUGGACUGGUAUCUAAAAGCAAAGGAAAAGGAGCCAAUCGAUACCUGACUGUAAGGAAGAAGGAUGUAUCAGAGGCACAUGCAGUCAUGACUUGUGACUUGGCUCUCCGUACGAAGCAUGCCGUUUGGAGUCUAAUUCAGAGCUUUCCUGUCACAAAUAAGGAACGCACAGAACUCCUGCCAAGGACAGAGAGAGGACAUGCCUGUGCUGUUGAAUCUGAAAACAAAGAAGUAAACAAGACAAGUGGUCGACUAAAUGAUGGCAUCCCCCAGGUCCCAGUGAAAAGAGGGGAAUCAGAGUUUGAUUCCUUCAGGCAGUCACUACCAGUUCUUGAAAAACAGGAAGAAAUUGUCCAAAUAAUAAAGGACAAUAAAAUUGUUUUGAUAAUAGGAGAGACUGGAUCAGGAAAAACUACGCAAAUUCCUCAAUUUAUCCUUGAUGACUGCUACAAGAAUGGAACUCCCUGUCGUGUGUUUUGUACUCAGCCAAGAUGUUUAGCAGCUGUUGCUGUGGCUGAAAGAGUGGCAGCAGAAAGAAGAGAGAAGAUUGGCCAGACAAUUGGUUACCAGAUCCGUCUAGAAAGCAGGGUUUCUCCAAAGACACUGGUAACAUUCUGCACUAAUGACAUGCUCCUUCGCACGCUGAUGGCAGGAGACAGCACCCUCUCCACCGUGACCCAUGUUAUUGUGGAUGAAGUACAUGAGAGGGAUAGGUUCAGCGACUUCUUGCUAAUAAAACUGAGAGAUGUGCUGCAAAACCAGAAUAAUUUAAAACUAAUUAUUUCUAGUGCUGCUCUAGAUGCAAAUCUCUUUAUUAGGUAUUUUGGAAGCUGCCCAGUGAUACAUAUUCAAGGGAGACCUUUUGAAGUUAAAGAGAUGUUUCUGGAGGACAUUUUACGAAGCACUGGAUAUACAAACAAAGCGAUGGUGAAGUACAAAAAAGAGAAGCAGCAAGAAGAGAAACAGAAGAACACUCUUGCUGAGUGGUGUUCAGCUCAAGAAAACACUAACAAACUGACAUCUCGGAGACAAAAAUCAGUUCCAAGGGCAAAUGAGGAGUACAAAUGGUUGGAUGAGGGUGGUGACACAGUAUUUAAUCAACUGACUGAAAAAGAUGUCAAUUGCCUUGAACCAUGGAUAGUAAAAGAAAUGGAUUCCUGUCUUUCUGACAUCUGGUUGCAUAAAGAUAUUGAUUCAUUUGCUCAGGUGUUAAAUCUUAUUUUAACUGAAAAUGUCAGUGUUGAUUAUAGGCACAGUGAAACUGGUGCAACUGCUCUGAUGAUUUCUUCAGGGAGAGGCUUUUUGAGUCAAGUAGAACAGUUGAUCAGUAUGGGAGCAAGUAUCCACUGCAAAUCAUCAAAUGGCUGGAUGGCUGUGGACUGGGCUAGGCACUUUGGACAGACAGAAGUUGUUGAUCUGUUGGAAUCCUACAGUGCUUCAUUUGGAUUUGGAAAUCUGGACGAAAGUUCCCUGGUCCAAAAAAGCGGUAGUGACCUUAGUGCAGAAGACAGAGAACUACUGACAGCUUAUCAUCACAGUUUUGAUGAUGAAAAAGUGGAUCUGGAUCUGAUAAUGCACUUACUUCACAGCAUCUGUCAUAGUUGUGAUGUGGGAGCAAUUUUAGUAUUUCUUCCUGGGUAUGAUGAAAUAGUGAGCCUGAGAGACCGCAUUCUUUUUGAUGACAAGAGAUUUGCUGAUAAUGCUCACAGAUACCAAGUUUUCAUGCUUCAUUCAAGUGUGCAGACUUUGGAUCAGAAGAAAGUUCUUGAAACUCCACCUUCCGGCAUCCGCAAAAUUAUUCUUUCUACUAAUAUUGCAGAAACCAGCAUAACCGUCAAUGAUGUCGUGUUUGUCAUUGACUCAGGCAAGGUGAAAGAGAAGUCUUUUGAUGCACUGAGUCGUGUUACAAUGCUAAAAAUGGGGUGGAUUUCAAAAGCCAGUGCUAUCCAGAGAAAAGGCAGGGCUGGGCGCUGUCAGCCUGGAGUCUGUUUCCGUCUCUUCAGCAGGCUCCGAUUUCAGAAUAUGUUGGAAUUUCAGUCUCCAGAACUUCUUAGAAUGCCGCUUCAGGAGAUUUGUUUGUACACAAAACUUCUGGCUCCAAUUAAUUGUCCAAUUGUAGAUUUUCUUAUGAAAGCUCCUGAUCCUCCGCCUGCUAUAACUGUGAGAAAUGCUGUGCAUAUGCUUGAGACCAUAGAUGCCAUGGAUCCUUGGGAAGAUCUCACUGAGCUUGGUUAUCACCUCACUGAAUUACCUGUAGAGCCUCACCUCGGUAAAAUGGUGUUGUAUGCUGUAGUUCUGAAAUGCCUGGAUCCUGUUCUGACCAUUGCCUGUGCUCUUGCCUGCCAAGACCCUUUUGUGCUGCCCACGCUGGCCUCCCAAAAGCGUGCAGCCAUGCUGUGCAGGAAGCGUUUUGCUGCCGGGACAUUUAGUGACCACAUGGCCUUGCUCAGGGCUUUCCAGGCAUGGCAGAAGGCACGCAGUGAUGGCUGGGAGAGAGCCUUCUGUGAAAAGAACUUUCUAUCCCAAGCCACAAUGGAAAUCAUUGUAGGAAUGAGAACACAGUUGCUUGGCCAGCUUAGAGCCUCAGGUUUUGUGAGAGCCAGAGGAGGAGCUGAUAUUAGAGAUGUUAAUACUAACUCUGAGAACUGGGCUGUAAUUAAAGCUGCCUUAGUGGCUGGGAUGUAUCCCAAUCUUGUGCAUGUAGACAGAGAAAGCCUGGUGUUGACUGAACCAAAGGAGAAGAAAGUGCGAUUUCAUCCUACCUCUGUUCUUGGUCAAUCUCAGUAUAAAAAGAUUGCCCCAGCAAAUGGACAAGCUGCAGCCAUCCAGGCCCUCCCUACAGACUGGCUUAUAUAUGAUGAAAUGACGAGAGCUCACAAGACAGCAAACAUCAGGUGCUGCUCUGUUGUGACACCUGUCACCGUGUCCCUCUUCUGUGGACCAGCCAGGCUGCCAAGUAAUGCCUUGCAGGCAUCUUCAUCCUUUCGAGGGGGAGGGGUAUCUAAUGAUAGCAGUGACAGUGAGAUGGAGGACAAAACAACUGCUAAUCUUACACUACUGAAGCUGGACGAAUGGCUCCAUCUCAAACUGGACCCUGAAGCUGCUGGUAUGCUGUUGCAACUCCGGCAGAAGUGGCACAGUUUGUUCCUGCGUCGUAUGCGAGCUCCUUCUAAACCAUGGUCUCAGGUUGAUGAAACAACUGUAAGAGCAAUUACAGCCGUUCUGAGUGCUGAAGAACAGUCUGCAGGUCUGCAGCAGCCUUCAGGAAUCGGCCAGAGACCAAGACCUGUGACUUGUGAAGAACUUCCAUUGGCAUCCACAUGGAAGUCAACCAACAGCAGAAAAAGCUCAACAGAAACUGAAUUGUCUGACUCCUCUAAUGCUGAAAAAGUUUCAGUGAAAUCUACAUCUCCUGCACUCCACCAGCCAAAGAAGUACAAAGAAAAAGACAUUCUGCUCUCCAAACGAUCCUCUGAUGACAGAUCAGCUCAGUCCUCAGUGAAGCCUGCAGACAGCAGUAGCUAUUCCAGCCCCUGUGCUAGUCCUUCUUCUCCAGUGUCUGGAAAGGGUUGCAAAUCUCCUUCACCGAGACAAAAUAUGCCAGUUCGGUACUUUAUAAUGAAAAGUAGCAACUUGCAAAACAUUGAUAUUUCUCAGCAGAAGGGAAUAUGGUCCACUACACCAAGUAAUGAACGGAAACUGAAUGGAGCCUUUUGGGAGAGCAGCGUGGUUUACUUAAUAUUUUCUGUUCAAGGGUCUGGAUGCUUUCAGGGUUUUGCUCGAAUGGGUUCAGCGAUUGGGUGUGAGAAAAGCCAAGACUGGGGAUCUGCUGGUUUUGGAGGUGUAUUUAAGGUGGACUGGAUCCGAAAAGAAAGCAUUCCUUUUCAGUUUGCACACCAUUUGCUCAACCCAUGGAAUGACAGUAAGAAAGUACAGAUAAGUAGAGAUGGCCAGGAGCUGGAACCACAAGUUGGAGAGCAGUUGCUGCAGCUUUGGGACCGUAUUCCUUUGGCAGGAAAAAAACUGAGCAUGCCAAGUAAUGUGACAGAGGUAGUUUUCUGUGCAUUGCUUGCUGGUUUUGUGGUAGAGGAAAAGCCAUGCACAUACAGUGUAUCAUCACUUUGUAGCUUGUGGAAGAACAAGUACACUUGGUACUAAAUAUUCUAUUAAUUUUGAUUUUUUUUUCAGCUGGUUUAGGUUGUUGAAACAUCAGGCAUGAGAACCAGCAGCAUAUGUACAACAAAGAUGUGGAAGAAGGUGAUGCAACAGCCUCCUGACAUUCUUCCUCAUGCUGGGCAGCUAGAAGUGGAAAAAUAAGAGGGAAUUGGGUUGCUUUCAGUGUUUACUUGCCAGCCUGUUUUUUGACUGAGUUGUUUUUUUUACAGUAGUGUGCAGUUAAUAUUUAAAAAUACAGUUAAGUUGAAAACAAAGUUUGAAACAAUGGACCUCAUGUAAGUUGUCUGUGGGUUAAAAAUAGCAUAACAGACAGUUUAAGUAUGCAGUUUACAGUUAAGGCUUUCUCAACCCAGUAAAAGGUAUGAUAAUGUAAAUGUUCAUUAAUCAGUCUUGCAGUUCAGUUUAAAAAAAUAUUAACUCCAAAUAUGCUGAAAGGCUCCUUAAGUGUACUUCCACAUCCACAGUGCGAGAGAGCAGAAUAUAUUGAUACAAAUAACUAAGCAGCUGGAAAUGUUAAUUUUUAAUUUAUUUAAAGGUAAUUAUUUUUAAUUUGUUUAAAAUUAUUUUAUUUUGGUUUUGCUUGUAUUUAUUUAUUUAUUUAUUUAAUUAUUUUAAUUUAAUUAAAAUAGAAAAGAAGGUGCAUGAGACUUUUGAGAUUGAGUGCAUCCACUGAUGUUUCCAGUUUUUUUUUCACCUUUAAGACAUGACUCACACCUUGAGAAGCUGAAGAAGUCUUUCAGAGGCCUGUGGCCAAGUUGUACUUCAAUGGUUCACUAAUUUAAGCAGUGUUAGAAGAUUUGUUUUUCUUUAAAAAACAAUAAAAAUCAUUAUCAGUACAA